UGACCUCUCCAAGACCGGCAACUUCUAUCACAUCAUAGACAAAAUGGUGGCUGAUAUUUUCAAAAUGGCCUCCUACAUGAACCGUGUGGCCAAGCACAAAAACACAGAAACCUACCAGGUGGAAAUCAGCCAGGUCUCAGAGUUGUGCGACUUGUCUCAGCUGAUUCGCACCCGUGCCCGGGCGACCAUUUCUAAGGUCAAAGAGUUUCAGAAGUCAUUCAGUUCGUAUCGUUACCUGUGGACCGGAGACAGGGCGGAGUUUAUGAGACAGUUCCUGCUCUACGGCCAUGCGCUUUCAGCAGAGGAGGCAGAGCUGUACGCAGAUUAUGAGCUCACUAAGAAUCCACCCAAGUUAGACAAUUUCAAACAGCAAAUAAACGAGUUUGAGAGUCUUUACGUGGUGGUGCAGAAGCUGGAGGAGAAAAGGGUGUUUGGUGGCUGGUGUCAGGUCGACAUCAAACCAUUUAAAAUCUCCCUCAUGAACAUCAUUAAAAAAUGGAGCUGGAUGUUCAAAGAGCAUCUGCUCAAUCACGUCAGUGACAGCGUGCAGGACUUGUCACACUUCAUCGAGGAUGCUGAGUGUGGUUUAGGGAAGAGUGUGCAGGAUGGAGAUUACGCCGGUCUGGUGGAAAUUAUGGGUCACCUGAUGGCGAUUCGAGACCGACAGCAGAACACCGAGCAUCAGUUUAAACCCCUGAGAUCUACUUCUGACCUGCUGAAAACCUACAGCCAACAGCUGCCAGACCACGUCUAUGCCCUGCUGGAGGAACUACCUGAUAAAUGGAAGAAUCUCAAGAAAGUGGCCUUCACUGUGAAACACGAGGUCGCUCCUCUGCAGUCCAGCGAGGUGGCUGUCAUUAGAAGGAAGUGUGUUCACUUCGAGAUUAAACAACAUGAGUUUCGGGAGCGCUUUCGUGCGGAGUCCAUCUUUAGGAUCAACACUGAAGAACCCUACAAACUCAUCGAUAAGGCCAAUCGCACAGUGGCUCAUUUAGAAACCGAGAUGUUCAAGCUGCAGGAAACCUCCAAACUGUUUGAGGUCAGCUUCCCAGACUACAAACAGCUUCGGCAGUGCCGCUCUGAUAUAAUCCUCCUCAAAGUGGUGUGGGAUAUGGUCAUCUUCGUCAGGUCCAGUAUCUUGGACUGGAGGAAGACACCAUGGAAAGAAAUCAACGUGGAGCAGAUGGACAUGGAGCUCCGGAGGUUUGCGAAGGAGAUGAAGACUCUGGAUAAGGUGGUGCGUGUGUGGGACGUCUACGCCGGUCUUGAGUCUACUGUAAAAAAUCUGCUGACGUCCCUGAGAGCUGUUAAUGAAUUGCAGAACUCAGCAGUCCGAGAGCGACACUGGCAGCAGCUCAUGCACACAACCAGGGUGAGCUUCAUGAUGAAUGAACACACCACUCUGGGUGAUCUGCUAGAGCUUCAGCUGCAUCGCGUAGAAGAAGAAGUGAAGAACAUUGUGGACAAAGCGGUCAAAGAGAUGGCCAUCGAGAAGAUUCUGGCUGAGAUCAAACAGACAUGGUCUGGGAUGUCUCUCUCGUAUGAGACUCACUCCAGCACUGGAACGCCUCUUCUGAAAGCGGAUGAGAACCUGAUUGAAACCCUGGAGGACAAUCAGGUGCAGCUGCAGAAUAUCCUGAUGAGCAAGCACGUGGAGUACUUCCUGGUCGAGGUGAGUGGCUGGCAACGGCGCCUCAUGCUAGCAGAUCUGGUAAUUGCCACUUGGCUUGGAGUGCAACGCACCUGGGCUCACCUACGGAGCAUCUUCACCAACUCGGAGGACAUCCGGAACCAGUUGGCACACGAUGCCGAGCUUUUUCAAGGAAUCCACCUCGACUUUCAGGUAUUGAUGAUAAAAGUUGUAGAAACUGCAAAUGUGAUUGAAGUCACCAACCAGCCCGGAUACCUGGAGAAACUUGAGUCUCUUCUGCAAAGGUUGUCUGUGUGUGAAAAAUCUCUGGCUGAGUAUCUGGAAACAAAGCGUCUGACGUUUCCACGAUUUUACUUCGUCUCCGCUGCUGAUCUGUUGGAGAUUGUUUCCAAGGGAACACAGCCCAGACAGGUCACACGGCACCUGCUGAAGCUCUUUGAUAAUCUGGCUGAUUUGAAGUUCAGAGAUGAGGGUGAAGAGGAGGGAAAGGUUGAGGUUGCAGUGGGGAUGUACAGCAGAGAGGGGGAGUAUGUGCCAUUUUCCGAGCCAUGUGUGUGUGAGGGACAGGCUGAGUGUUGGUUGGGAGGGUUGGAACUUGCCAUGCGCUGGACGGUGCGGCAGGAGAUCGCCGAAGCCGUAGCAGCCUACGAGGACAAAUCACGUGACCAAUGGCUCUUCGACUAUCCUGCACAGGUGGCCCUGACUGGUAGUCAGAUUUGGUGGGCGAUGGAUGUUGAUAUUGCCUUUGAACGGGUGGAGGAGGGUUUCGAGACGGCGCUGAAAGACUACAAUAAAAAACAGAUCCACCAGCUGAACUCGCUGAUAAACAUGCUGCUAGGCGAGCUCAGUCCUGGUGAUCGGCAGAAGAUCAUGACACUGUGUACCAUCGAUGUUCACGCCCGUGACGUUGUGGCCAAGCUCAUCUCUCAGAAGGUGACGAACGGCCAGGCGUUUGCUUGGUUGUCUCAGUUACGCCAUCGCUGGGACGAAAGACAAAAACACUGUUAUGUCAACAUCUGCGAUGCCCAGUUUCAGUUCUCCUAUGAAUACCUGGGUAACACUAAUCGACUCGUUAUAACGCCGCUCACUGACCGAUGUUACAUCACACUGACUCAGUCUCUCCAUCUGACGAUGAGUGGUGCCCCCUCUGGUCCCGCUGGCACUGGCAAGACCGAGACCACCAAAGACCUGGGACGUUCGCUGGGCAUUAUGGUCUACGUGUUCAACUGCUCAGAACAAAUGGAUUACAAGUCCAUAGGUAAUAUUUAUAAGGGUCUGGCUCAGACAGGAGUGUGGGGCUGCUUUGAUGAGUUUAACAGGAUCUCUGUGGACGUUUUGUCUGUGGUUGCUGUACAGGUCAAAACUAUCCAAGAUGCCAUUCGCAACAAAAAACAGAGAUUUUACUUUCUCGGGGAGGAUAUCGACCUGAAGCCGACCGUGGGGAUCUUCAUCACUCUAAACCCAGGAUAUGCUGGUAGAGCAGAACUUCCGGAGAACCUGAAAGCGCUAUUCAGGCCGUGUGCUAUGGUGAUUCCUGAUUUUGAGUUGAUCUGCGAGAUCAUGCUGGUGGCAGAGGGAUUUAUAGAUGCUCGUCUGCUCGCACGCAAGUUCAUCAGCCUGUACACGCUCUGCAAAGAGCUGCUCUCCAAACAGGAUCACUAUGAUUGGGGUCUACGGGCGAUUAAGUCAGUGCUGGUUGUUGCUGGGUCACUGAAAAGAGAGGACAAGAGCUGUCCUGAAGAGCAGGUGCUGAUGCGUGCCUUACGGGAUUUCAACCUGCCGAAGAUCGUGACAAGUGACGUGACGAUAUUCCUGGGUCUGAUCAGCGAUCUGUUUCCACUGUUGGAUAUUCCACGCAAGAGAGACCUGCAGCUUGAGCAGAACGUUCGUCAGGCGAUCAGCGAGCUGCGGCUGCAGCCAGAAGAGAACUUCAUCCUUAAGGUGACUCAGUUAGAAGAGCUGCUUGCUGUGAGGCAUUCUGUUUUUGUGGUUGGUGGAGCUGGAACAGGAAAGAGCCAGAUCCUCAAAACGUUGCAUCGAACUUACUCGAACAUGAAGCUGAAGCCUGUGUGGAGCGACAUGAACCCAAAAGCGGUGACCACAGAUGAGCUUUUCGGAUUCCUGCAUCCUGCAACACGAGAGUGGAAAGAUGGCCUUUUCUCAUCAACCAUGAGGGAGCUGUCGGCUUUAUCUCAUGACGGGCCCAAGUGGAUCGUGCUGGAUGGUGACAUCGAUCCGAUGUGGAUUGAAUCCCUCAACACUGUGAUGGACGAUAACAAGGUGCUGACCCUGGCCAGUAACGAGCGCAUCUCUCUAACGGCUUCAAUGCGUCUGCUGUUUGAGAUCAGUCAUCUAAAAGCUGCCACACCUGCGACUGUAUCCAGAGCCGGAAUCCUUUAUGUCAAUCCACAGGACCUUGGCUGGAGCUCCUAUGUGACAAGCUGGAUCGACACACGCCAGGCGCAAUCAGAGCGAGCGAAUCUGACGAUACUUUUUGAUAAGUAUGUUCCAUACUGUCUGGAGCAGGUCAGGUGCAACCUAAAGACCAUCACGCCUAUACCUGAGACAAGCAUGGUGCAGACACUGUGCUGCUUGCUGGACUGCUUGUUGACGGAUGAGAACACUCCUGCCGACUCUCCGCGUGAACUCUAUGAGAUCUACUUUGUGUUUGCCUGUGUGUGGGCGUUUGGAGGGGCUCUUUUUCAGGACCAUCUUCGAGAUUAUCGUGGCGAGUUCAGCCGUUGGUGGAAUAAGGAGAUGCGGGCGGUGAAGUUCCCUUCUCAGGGAACCGUAUUUGACUACUACAUCGACCCCAACACAAAGAAGUUCACUCACUGGAGCGAGCGCACACCUCCAUAUGAGCUGGAGCCUGAUGUUCCACUGCAGAUGGUGCUGGUUCACUCGGCCGAGACGAUCUGCUUGGCAUAUUUUGUGGAGCUCCUCUUGGAGAAAGGCAAGCCAGUGAUGCUGGUGGGAAACGCCGGUGUAGGCAAGACCAUAAUCGUAUGGGACACUAUUUUAAAACACAGGGAGGAAUACAUGGUGGCCAAAGUACCCUUUAAUUAUUACACCACCUCGGCCAUGCUGCAACGUGUUCUGGAAAAACCUUUAGAAAAGAGGGCAGGAAGGAACUUUGCUCCUCCUGGCACUAAGAAGCUGAUCUACUUUGUUGAUGAUUUAAACAUGCCAGAGGUGGAUGCCUAUGGAACAGUCCAGCCACACACACUGAUAAGACAACAUCUGGAUUAUUCCCACUGGUACGAUCGCCAGAGACUGGUGCUGAAGGAGAUUCAUAACUGUCAGUACAUCACCUGCAUGAAUCCAACAGCUGGAAGCUUCUCCGUCAACCCUCGGCUACAGAGGCAUUUCUCAGUUUUUGCAGUUCAUUUCCCAGGUGCCGAGGCUCUGAAUACAAUCUACAGCAGCAUUUUGUCUGGUCACUUCCAGCAGGGGGGCUUCAGCUAUGGAGUGAGUCGCUCGGUGGGGGCGCUCAUUCAGGCGUCCAUCUGCCUUCACCAGAAAAUGAUUCAGAACUUCUUGCCUACUGCUAUCCGCUUUCACUACAUCUUCAACCUAAGGGACAUCUCCAACAUUUUCCAGGGGAUUCUUUUUGCCCAGCCUGAGACAGUGCGAUACCCCAUCGAGCUGGUGUACCUCUGGCUUCACGAGUGCUCUCGUGUGUACUCUGAUAAACUGAUGGAGGAGAAAGACGUUGAGCUUUUCAGUAAGAUCCUGUUAGACACUGGCAAAAGAUACUUUGAGGGAAUUGAUGAGUCAAUCUUCAUCCACCAGCCUCUGAUCUAUUCGCAUUUUGCCCACGGCAUUGGAGAGCCACGAUACUCGCAGGUCAGCGACUGGGAGAAGCUACAGAAAACGCUGACUGAUGCUCUGGAGCAUUAUAAUGAGUUACAUGCCAACAUGAACCUGGUGUUGUUUGAAGAGGCCAUGCAGCACAUAUGUAGGAUCAGCCGUAUUCUGGAGGCUCCUGUGGGAAAUGCAUUGCUUAUUGGAGUAGGUGGCAGUGGAAAGCAGAGUUUGUGUCGCCUGGCUGCCUUUCUCAGCACGCUCGAGGUCUUUCAGAUCACUCUCCGCAAAGGCUAUGGCAUUGGUGACCUGAGGAGUGAUAUAGCUGCUCUCUACAUUAAGGUUGGGGUGAAGAACAUCGGCACAGUUUUCCUGCACACCGACGCUCAGAUUCCUGAUGAACGGUUUUUAGUGCUGAUCAACGACAUGCUCGCGUCCGGGGAUAUUCCAGACCUGUUCACUGAGGAGGAGGUGGAUAUGAUUGUGGCGUCAAUCCGUCUGGAGCUCCGUGGCCUCGGCAUUCUGGACACGCGGGAGAACUGCUGGAACUUUUUCAUCGACCGUAUCCGCAAACAGCUAAAGGUGGUCCUGUGUUUCUCUCCGGUGGGUUUCACGCUGCGCACAAGAGCCCGAAAGUUUCCCGCUCUGGUAAAUUGCACAGCCAUUGACUGGUUCCAUCCUUGGCCUCAGCAUGCAUUGCUUUCCGUCAGCAGAACCUUCAUUAAUAACAUCCAAGGCCUUGAGCCUGCGGUGAAGGUGUCUAUCAGUGAGUUCAUCUCCUACGCACAUACCAGCGUGAACGAGGUGAGUGUAAAGUACCAGCAGAACGAGAAACACUUCAACUACACCACGCCAAAGAGCUUCCUGGAGUUCAUGAAGUUAUACGGCAACCUGCUGGCAACGAAAAGGAUGGAGCUGACUCGGAAGAUGGAGCGUCUGGAGAACGGCCUGCAGAAGCUUCUAACCACGGCCUCCCAGGUGGAGGAUCUGAAGGCUAAGCUAGCGCUGCAGGAAGUGGAACUGCAUCACAGGAACAGUGACACAGAGGCCCUUAUUUCUAAAAUCGGCCAGCAGACGGACAAGCUGAACCAGGAGAAGAGUGUUGCUGAUGCAGAGGAGCAGAAGGUAGCAGCGAUCCAGGCUGAGGUGACGAAGCAGCAGAAGGAAACAGAACAGGACCUGGCUAAAGCCGAACCAGCCUUACAGGCAGCCGACGCUGCUCUCAACACACUUAACAGGCUGAAUCUAACCGAGUUACGGACGUUCCCAAACCCACCGGUGAUCGUGACCAACGUGUUAGCUGCGGUGCUGGUGCUGCUCGCUCCGAACGGACGCGUUCCUAAAGAUCGCAGUUGGAAAUCAGCUAAAGUCAUCAUGAGCAAAGUGGAUGAUUUCCUGCAGGCACUGGUGAACUUUGAUAAAGAGCACAUUCCUGACGCUACCGUGCAACUGCUGAGGGAUGAGUAUCUGAGCGACCCGGACUUCAACCCCGAGUUUGUGCGCCUCAAGUCUUCGGCUGCAGCCGGACUGUGCGCCUGGGUUAUCAACAUCAUACGAUUUCAUGAGGUGUUCUGUGAGGUAGAGAUAAAGAGGAUGUCUCUGUCUCAAGCCAAUGCUGAUCUGAUUGAGGCAGCAGAAAAACUGGAUCUCAUCAGGAAAAAGCUCAUGGAGUUGGACAGUAGCCUGGACACUCUGACUGCAGCGUUUGAAAAGGCCACCUCUGAGAAGCUACGAUGCCAAGAGGAGGUGAAUCGCACCAAUAAAACCAUCCAACUGGCCAACCGCCUAGUAAAAGGCCUGGAGUCAGAGAACGUACGCUGGGCACACUCUGUAGCUCAGUACCGGGAGCAGGAGGCAACUCUGUGUGGAGAUGUUCUUCUCACGGCUGCCUUCAUCUCCUACGCCGGCUCCUUCUCCAAAAGAUACAGAUACGAGCUCCUGCACAACCUCUGGAUGCCGUACCUUCGCACGCAGAAGGUUCCUGUUCCUAUGACCGAGGGCCUGGAUCCCAUCUCCAUGCUAACAGAUGAUGCUACAGUGGCAAAGUGGAAUAACGAAGGUUUGCCAGGAGAUAAGAUGUCGACACAGAAUGCUACCAUCCUCUUGAAUUGUGAGCGAUGGCCUCUCCUUAUCGACCCUCAACUACAAGGCAUUAAAUGGCUGAAGAGUCGCUAUGGUAACAGCCUCUGGGUCACUAAUCUGGGGCAGAAGGGGUACGUUGAUGUAAUAGAGCAGGCAGUAGUAACAGGAGAACCUGUAUUAAUCGAGAACCUAGAGGAGACCAUCGACCCGGUUAUAGAUCCGUUACUGGGUCGACACACAAUUAAAAAGGGCAGGUAUAUUAAAGUAGGGGAUAAGGAGUGUUUGUUCCACCCAAAUUUCCGACUCAUUCUGCACACCAAAAUGGCCAACCCACAUUAUAAGCCGGAGAUCCAGGCUCAGACCACACUUAUCAACUUCACCGUGACUCGGGACGGACUGGAGGACCAGCUCCUGGCUGAGGUCGUCAACCUGGAGAGACCUGACCUCGAGCAUCUCAAGUCUGAUUUGACGAAGCAGCAAAACACGUUUAAAAUCGAGUUAAAGCAGUUGGAGGACGAACUGUUGACCCGACUAUCGGCUGCGGAAAGUAACUUCCUGGGUGACAACAUGCUGGUGGAAAAACUGGAAAGCACCAAACACACGGCGGCCGAGAUCGAGAUGAAGGUAUUAGAGGCAAAGGUCAACGAGGUAAAGAUCAAUGAAGCUCGUGAGCACUACAGACCCGUAGCAGUACGAUCGUCCCUCCUCUAUUUUAUCAUCAAUGACCUCAACAAGAUCAACCCCAUGUAUCAGUUCUCACUCAAGGCGUUUGAUGUGGUUUUCCGUAAGGCGGUGCGGAACGCCGAGGUGUGUGCUGACGUUAAGACCCGUGUUAGCACGCUCAUCGACUGCAUCACCUUCUCCACCUUUAACUACAUCAACAGAGGCCUGUUUGAGAGAGACAAGCUCACGUUCACAGCUCAGCUCACAUUUCAGUUGUUACUGAUGAAUAAGGAGAUUGAUAUUCGGGAGCUGGAUUUCCUUCUGCGCUUCAAUAUUGACCACAGUUACAUCAGUCCUGUAGACUUCCUCUCCAACUCUGCCUGGAGUGCCAUCAAGACGAUGAGUUUCACAGACGAGUUCCGGGGCCUCGACCGAGACAUCGAGGGUUCUCCCAAACGCUGGAAGAAAGUGGUGGAGUCUGAGUGUCCUGAAAAAGAGAAGCUCCCUCAGGAGUGGAAAAGCAAAAGCUCACUCCAGAAGCUCAUCCUCAUGCGGGCUCUCCGUUCCGACCGCAUGACCUACGCCCUCAGGAACUUUGUGGAGGAGAAGCUGGGGGUGCAGUACACUGAGAGCAGGAAGAUGGAGUUUGCAAAGUCAUUUAAGGAAAGCAGUCCAGCUUCUCCGGUGUUCUUCAUCCUGUCACCUGGAGUUGACCCACUGAAAGACGUGGAGUCUCUGGGUAAGAAGCUUGGCUUCACUAUAGACCUCGGAAAACUGCAUAACGUCUCUCUCGGCCAAGGCCAGGAGGCUGUAGCCGAGCUAGCCAUGGAGAAAGCUUCCCAAGAAGGCCACUGGGUUAUACUACAAAACAUUCACUUGGUUGCGAAGUGGCUGGGAAAUCUGGAGAAGCUUCUGGAUCACUGCUGUGAGAACAGUCACCCGGAUUACAGAGUGUUUAUGAGCGCAGAACCAGCGGCCACCCCUCAGGAGCACAUCAUUCCUCAAGGCGUUCUGGAAAAUUCCAUCAAGAUCACUAACGAGCCUCCAACCGGAAUGCUGGCCAACCUUCACGCAGCACUGGACAUCUUUGACCAAGACAUUCUGGACCAGUGUUCCCGGGAGCAGGAGUUUAAGACCAUCCUGUUCUCAUUGUGUUACUUCCAUGCAUGUGUUGCUGAGAGGAGGAAGUUUGGCCCUCAAGGCUGGAAUCGCAAAUAUCCAUUCAACACCGGAGAUCUUACCAUUUCUGUUAACGUGCUCUACAACUAUUUGGAGGCCAACUCUCAGGUGCCGUGGGAAGACCUGCGGUAUCUCUUCGGAGAGAUCAUGUACGGAGGACACAUCACCGAUGACUGGGACAGGAGACUUUGUAGGACGUAUUUGGAGGAGUACAUGCAGCCCAACCAGUUUGACAGGAAGUUUUCUUUAGCUCCUGGCUUUGUUGUUCCCUCCAACCUGGAUUACGCGGGCUACCACAGCUUCAUAAACGAGAUGCUUCCUCACGAGAGCCCGGCACAUUAUGGGCUCCACCCCAAUGCUGAGAUCGAGUUCCUGACGGUGACCUCCGACAGCCUUUUUCACACUCUGCUAGAACUACAGACCAGAGAUUCGGCUAUGGGCGAGGGAGCGUCACAGAGCACUGAGGAGAAGGUAAAGACGGUCCUGGAUGAAAUUCUGGAGAAACUUCCAGAGGAAUACAACAUGUCUGACCUCAUGUCCAAAACAGCUGAGCGCACGCCCUACAUUCUGGUAUGCUUCCAGGAGUGCGAGCGCAUGAACACGCUUGUCAAUGAAAUACGACGUUCUUUAAAAGAGCUGGACCUAGGACUGAAGGGAGAGUUGGCGAUAUCUUCUGAGAUGGAACAACUACAGACAGCUUUGUUCUUUGAUAACGUUCCUGACACCUGGACUAAGCUCGCUUAUCCUUCUACCUACACCCUGGCUCAGUGGUACAAUGAUGUGUUGCUGCGCUGUCGAGAGCUGGACAGUUGGACUCAGGACCUCUCUCUUCCGAGUGUAGUGUGGCUCUCAGGGCUUUUCAACCCACAGUCUUUUCUCACAGCUGUGAUGCAGAGUUUGGCACGUAAGAAUGAGUGGCCGCUGGAUAAGAUGACUCUAACUGUGGACGUAACAAAGAAAUUCAAGGAGGAGUUUAACCAGCCCGCCCGAGAGGGUGCUUACAUCUACGGACUCUUUAUGGAAGGUGCACGCUGGGACAUUCAGAACGGCACGAUCGCAGAGGCACGGCUAAAAGAACUGACUCCCAGCAUGCCCGUGAUCGCGGUGCGCGCCGUCCCGAACGAUCGCCAGGAAACACGCAACAUCUACGAGUGUCCCCUCUACAAGACCAAACUCAGAGCGAACACCUACGUCUGGACUUUUCACCUCAAAAGCAGAGAGAGACCGGCCAAGUGGGUUCUCGCCGGUGUGGCUCUGCUGCUGAGUGUUUGAGGAAAGAAAAACCCGAACCCCAUUCGCAGCAGUUUCCUGUUUAUUUGUUUUAAAUAAGUGUGUCAUUAUCAGGUCUGAUAUUAUUCCCAAUAUACAGUGUAAUAUAUAAUACAUACAAUAUACUGCUUAUAUCCAAGAAACGUAAAGAAAAAAGAAAAGGAAAGAAAAAGGAAACGUUCUGACCUGACAGUGUGCUUUGCGUCGUAGAAAAAACACCGGGAGACAUUUCAAAAUGCGGUAAAAACAACAGCACUAGAUCAAAAGGUGAUGCUGUACAGAAAAGGUUUUGCAGUGCUUGUGCAAAAAUCGGUGCAAAAUUCUAUCGCACUCGGCUCACGGGUUGCCAAGACCUCAGAUCCAGGAUCAGGUUGAGGCGCGAAACAAGCCAGAGCUGAUCGUAGACCUGGGGUUGGGUGGGAGUUUGAGGUGUUUUGAGGCUCAGACCUCUGAAACCAACAUACAGCAGCGUUUCCACUGGAAGCUUAUAAAUCCGUGAAGCCGUGACGAACUCAAAUCAACUGAAAUCAGUGUUCUAACUGAAAAAUCCCUGUUUUUUUAGUUCAGUUCUUUGGGUUCUGGCCCAGAUACAGAUUCCUUUAAACUAUAGAGAACAUCUAGAGAGGAUAAAUGUCAUGGAUAGUGCUGUUAUAAUUACAUUACAAUCAUGUAGUGAUCAUGAACGUAAUUCCAAAAAAUGUUUCCUCGGGUUUGAGGUCUCAGUAAGGCUGCUUUCACAUUUGGCUCAGGAAGUUCUCAUGAUUUGAUCCAAGUCUGAAUGUAGAUGGUGUGAAUUGAUUGAAUUAUUUAGAAUAAUUUUUGUUUGCAAUUGUGUUGACAUUUAAUUUGAUUUAUUUAAAAUGUUUUGUGAACUUCACAAGGUUUCAAAGAACGAAGGCUUUUCCCUCCGAAACGUUUCCUGUCUACUCCAGAAAAGUAAAAGCUGUUUCUAAAAUUGAGAAUAAACAUAGUGGAUCUCACUAUUGGUGGUCUUCUGGUUUCCUGAUGUCCAUCUUACCCAUGAUACAUAAAUUUGGUGCCGUGACCCGAAUGCACAAAAUUUAUGCAGCAGUCAUACCUUUGUUACCUACAGUAAAGAUCAUCAGCAUUACUCAGGAAAACUACAUAUAAUGUAGAGAUCCUGCUUGAUGAAUAGUUAUUAGGAAUGAAACGUUUUUUUCUUUACAAAUAUCAGCACAAAAGAAGGGUGAAGGCAGCCUUACUCAACUCCGAACAUGGCUCUGAAAUGAAACCUUUCCGUUUUUAAGUUUAUCAUCAUCACCAAAGCUACAGCAACGUCUUCCCGUGGAAAUGUUUGGAUAUAUGAUAAAUAUAAUCUACCAUCUACUCACAUUCAUCUCGUGUCUAAAACUCUACUCUAGAGUGGGUGGUCCCUGUUAAGACAUGCACACGCCGGAGUUUACGCCGAAACUCCCCCGGAAGACCGUGUUUUUUUUUUCUCAGUGUGGCGUACGACGCGACACUCUUCGCCUACACGCUGAGCGGAAUAUGAUAUGCUAAAGAGACCACACU